AUGAGGGGGACAUCCAUUCGAUUGCUCUCGUUUGCGCAGCUCUUUUGUGGCGAAGAUGUCACGAAUUUGAUGCAUAACGAGGUACAAUGCCAGCAGGUUACUGACACCUUCCGGCGUCUAUUUCCCAAUGCCCCGCUGCCAAUACCUGUCACGACUGCUUAUAGCGCAUCUUGUGUAAAAAGAAAAAAGUACCGCGAUGCGGUAGCGACCAUCGCAGCGUACUCUCAGCCGCAAAAACUCAUUCAGGAGCUCAAAGAAUAUUUUCAUGAUCACAAGGAUGAGUUUUCUGGGGAGGACAUCAAGGCAAUAUUGGCCCUAUUUCGAGACGCACAAUUUCCUGGGGUAAUAGUUUUCUUGAACAUCUUGGCAGACUACUGUAUCUUGGGUUCGAGUUGCUCAGAGCUGUUCAAGAGCAAGGUCCGACAGAUGAUUCUUAGCUAUAUUCGUUUUGUACCCCGUUCCGCACCUAUGUUGUUGAAAUCGUUGUGCAUGUUGAGCUCUCCCAGUGCCAGCGAUUGUGGGGAUAUUAUGUCAGUGGUGAGAAUAGCCAUGCAAGGGGGCUUUAUCGACCCCACAGAUUUUGCCGUUAUUCUGGAUGUCUUCCUAGAGCGCGGUGAUUACGCCAAAAUUGCCGCGCAGUGGCGGUGGAUGCGGCAUACGUCAGCGCGAUGGAACCAGCGGACUGUCUCAGCGGUUAUUUGUGCAUUCUCGAGUCUUAAACAAAUCGAUGAAGCUAUCGUGUGUAUUCAAUGCCUGGCAGAAGUCAACAAGGAUCCUUCGAUUGAAGCACAAUGUACGUUUUUACAUUUCUUAGGUGAUCGCAUCCCGCCGCUUGCACAUUAUGCCGAGCAACUGAUGCGCCAUUGGCAUCCUGAGCGGCGCUUACUGUGGACUAGUCGAAGCCAGAGUGUUGGUAUAGAGUGUAUUUUUGCCUUUUUCCAUGCUAAGAUGCCACAGGAGGUUUUUUCCUUGCUAGAUGAAGCAUUCAAUUGUCUUAAGGGUACACCUGAGUCCUUGGAAAGCUUUCUUAAACACAGGGGUAUGCAUAUUCUCAUGAACUAUUACGCCUUAGAGAGGGAUAGACAUCCUUCAAUAGAUGCCCUUUUCUUUGAUUGUGUGAAAUGCCUUCCUGAUUUGGCGGACCAUCCACUUGUCAUGGCUGCUUUUCUUAUCAUCGGAGUAAGGCAAGGUCGACUUUCAGAGUCAUAUGAGGCCAUUGCCUGUGCUUGCCCGAUUUCGGACGAUGGAUUUGAUCAGUUUGUACGCUUUUUAGUUUGUUCUCUUCAAAAAAAAUAUAUUCAUGAUUUGUUAGGCAUUCUUAGGGAGGUUGCCCAGCGAAUGCAGAAGGAACUUCCCUCCGAUAUCGAAGCUUGGCUUGUGCUUUUUGAUUCACGUUAG